AGUCGGUGUUUCACUUCCGGCAACGUAAAGGGGAAAUCAAAUAAUAUUAUUCGCACCAAACUAACAAAUAUAUAAAUUAGUAUGUAUACAUAUAUCAAUAAAUUGCAUUACCUUAUUCUCUACUAAAUACUGUAUAGUACUCGUUACUUUAGCGGCUGCAUCUAAUCGCUCGCUACACAAAUUACGGUUCUUCUUCAUUAUUCCUCUAUACAUUGUUGUUGUGUUUGUUUAUACUAAGUGCCCGUUUUCUUUAACAGUUUUUAUUUGGUUUUCUAUACUGAACGUGCUUGUAAUGUUUUAAAUUUUGAAAUCGUUUUAUUAAUAAUUGUGUUGAAAAUAUGAAUUCUUUUAGUCGCGCAUAUCGUGAUCCCAAAUCACCACUCACUCCACUUACACCGCUCUCUGAAAAUACUGCGUUCAAUUUUAAUUUAAGUGAUGACUCGCUGCAAUCAUUUAUAAAUAUCAUAGAAGCUCAACGUACUAAAGAAACACCUAGAUCUUCACCAGCUGGACUGGCAUGUGGGGCAAAAUACGUGAAUGCGAACAAAUAUAUCAAACGUCAGGCAGCCAAUUUAAAUGCACAGAAUGUUUCAUCUGACACCACUAAUAAAACAAGAAAACUAUCACCGAGAUUAGUUACUACAAAGAAAUCUAAUGUUGACAACAAAAAAACUUUGAAGGAACCGAAUAAUGAUCUAAAUAACAAUAAAAUUAGUUCGAAGUAUUCAUCAACAAGCAUUUCUUCCAGCUCCUCACGUGGUUCUUUUAAAUGCAAUGAAUCAUAUUUUAAAGAAACUGAUACAACUCAAUCCUCAAAAUUCAAUAUAAGUCCUCGUGCUACCUCUACUUUUAACUAUUAUAGUGCAUCCAGCAGCCAAAGUUCUGUACGAAGCAAUAGCGGUUCAGCUAACUCCUUUAAAAACAAUUCAAGCACAACUCCAAACUCUUUUAACUGUAAUAGAAGUGCACGUGAUCGCAAGCCACCCAAACUUGUUCUUAACGAUACAAAUGUUGCUGAGACUGACUCCACGAUGUCAACUGUCUUCAACUGGGUGUGGAAUUGCCUGUCACCUAUGAAGAAUCCAUCUAUUUAUGAGUUGCUGGCACGCGCUGACAUGCAAAAGUAUUGGGACAUUUUUGAGAGAGAAGAAAUAUUAGAUUUAGAUGUAUUUUCAACUUUGACUAUGGCGGAUUUGGAAGCUAUCGGCAUUAAAGAUACUAACGACUGUGUCAAAAUACUAAAAUCUGUUGGAUGGGCACUCGAUUUUCUGUCGGGGUUAUUAAAUUUUAAAAGGCCUGAAAAGUAACUUUGAUUUUAUAAAAAAUUUUGUUAAUAAUUUUAUGUUUUAAUGUUUGUAUUUGUGUAAAGAUGUUUAAUUUUGAGAAAUGUACUGACUAUAAGGAAUAAACUUGACUACGU